AUGAUAGUAUUUGAUUUCGAAUAUUAUUAUAAAAAUCAAAAUCUAUAUUUUAUAGUUGACAGUAAUAAUAUUAAUAAUACCAAUGAUAAUAUUGAUAAUAGCUAUUUGUUUUUUAAAAUAUGGCGAAAUUGUUAUAUAAAAGAAUAUAUAUUAAAAUGUAUUUAUAUUAUUAACCAUAGAAACUUUAGUCCCAACACUCAAAUUGUAGGGUAUUGUAAAAACUAUGAAGAUAUCAAUUCAGUUAAUUGGAUGCUAAAUUUCAAUCAUGUUGGCCUGUUAUUUGAAAAAGUGAAUAGAAAUGAUAGAGACUUAACCUUUUGUCUUGGUUCAAUCGAAAAAAUAUUCUAUAUUGAAAAUUUUUAUAUCAAUUUAAUUAGAAACUAUAGAGACUAUCUAUUAAACUUUUCGGAUAGUUUAUUACUAUUAACAAUUAAAUAUGACAAUAUAAUAGCUUUUAAACUACUAUGUUCAUUAAUGACAUCACAGUAUCCAUACAGCUACUCUUUAAUAUAUAAAUCAACAAAUGGCGGCAAUGGUUGUGGCAGUAAUGGUAGCAAUAAUAACGAUAAUGAUACAACUAAUAACAGUGGAGCUGGCUUUGGUGGACUCAAUGGUGGCAUUGAAAUCCAUUUUACAAGAAAUCUAUUUGAUACAGCAUUUGAAAACUCAUCAAUUGAAAUUUUAGAGUAUAUUAAAAAGUCAAAAUCGCACAUCUAUUAUCUCUGGGACCACACUAGAUCAUUUUUAGAAUGUUUUAAGAAUGCCAAUGACUCUGUCGAUUCUGUACAGAAAAGAAACAAGCUAUGUCGAUAUUUAAUAACAAAUCAAAUGGAAAACAUCAACCUGCCAGAAAUUGUAUAUAUGGAAAAUGAAAGCAGUAAAAGUAGCAGCGGGAGUAAUACAUUAAACUCUUAUUUUAGCUUUUUCACAAACUACUUUUAUAAAGACAGCAAUAACAAUGAAAGUGAACAAUACUCGAUAGAUAAGAUUACCGUACCAUUCGUCCCAUUAACAAGACUAAUAGAACUAGACACUGAUAUACUGAUGGAUUUCAAGAUAUUAAAACCAACAUUAUUCAACUAUAGAUGUCAUGAUUUUAAUCAAUUUCUAUGUAGUCAAUAUAAAGGUUCACUAUCAUCAAUGAUUUUUAUAACAAGUAAAAAACAACAACUAUUUAUCUGUAAUUUUAUUUUAUUAUAUUUAUACAGUAAUUUAAAAACAAAUAAUGACAACAGUAGUAGCACCAAUAUUAAUAAUGACCAUAUAAUAACAUUAAUUAAAAAUAAUACCAACAAUAAUAAUAAUAAUAUUAAUAAUACUCAAUUAUUAAUUCAAUUUUUAGUUGAAAAAAUAAUAAUGAACAAUGAAUUUAAUGAUCAUUUAAAAAUAUCAAUAAUAACGGAAUAUAAACUUUAUUUAAACAAAUCAACAAACAAUAACAAUAACUAUUAUAAUAAUAAUAAUGUUAAAGAAAUUAAAGAUAUUUUAAAUAAUAAUCCGUACUGUUUUAGCAUAAUCUUUCAACUAUCGUAUGAAUAUGGUGACUCCAAUUUAUUAAAAUACUGCCUGACCCACUUCCAUAUAAAGGUGUAUUUACCAUUACGACAAAAUGUAAUACCAGAACUGUUCUGCCAAUGUACUGAUGACGUAGCCAAACAAAAGCAAUUUAUUAAAACACUUGUUGAAAAUUAUAAAUCAAUAGAAGCAAUGGUACCUAUUAGUUGGUUUUUUAUUUCAUUACUAAGGGAUGAAUAUUUCGAUCAAGUUGUUUAUUUCUACGAACUAAUGGAAGAAAAGGGUGUAAACUUAUUAUCAAAAGAAUGUUUAGAAGAAGCAGCGUAUAAUGACUCAGAAUUAAUCAUUUCAUUUUUCAUAAAGAAAUUUAAAACUCAAAUGAACCUUUGGAAGAAAAUAUUUAGAUAUUUAAACAUAAAUAUUGGUAGCAACCUAGGUGAUGACCCAUUUUCAAAUGAAAAUAGUAACAAUAAUCAAGAUGAAAUUGAAGCACAUGAAAAUAAUAUUAAAAAUAUUAUAUCAACAGUAUGGAAUAACUCAGUAACCAAAAUUGCCGCUAAAAGAAACAAUCUAUCAUUAUUACAAUUGGUUCAUAAAGAAUUACCAAAUUUAAUUAAUGAAAGUACAAUGGAAGAAGCAAUUGAUAGUCAAAACUUUAAUAUUGUAAAAUUUUUAGUCUAUAACAACUAUCCAAGUAAUACCAACUGUUUCUUAUUGGCAUGUAGAAAGAAGGAUUUUAGAACUUUAAUUUUCCUUAUGGAUAAUAAAAGUGAAGGUUGUGAUUUAUUUCAACUGUGUGAAUACAACAGUAACCUAAUCGAAUAUAUUAGAACUCAUAGAAAGAAGGAUUACGAAAGCAAUAGAUUUGGUGAUUUACAUUUAUUCGAAUCUAGAAUCAUUAGAGAAAUUGAUAGGAACCAGCCAGCCAAUAACCCUGAAGAUUCAAAUCAUCAAUAUUUAAUUAAAAUCAAUAAUAAUAGCAGUGGUAGUAAUAGUGGCAACUCUUUUAACAACAGCAACAACAAUAGUAAUAUCAAUCUUUACAAUCAAUUUAAUAUUUAUAACUACUUUAAACAACAACACCAAAAUCAAUUUCAACUUACACUAUUACAAAUUAACAAUAGCUACAACACGAUUUCUAAUAUGCAUGCUAACAAUACAACAGCCAAUAAUCUUUUAGAUCCCCAGCAACUGCAAAAUCUGAUAUCAAAUAACUAUAUACCUCCCCACCAAUAUAACAACAAUAAUAAUAACAAUAAUAAUAAUGAACUAUCAAUAGUAACAGAUGAUAUUAACCAAUGGUUCCUUAAUCUUUCAAAUUCAUUAUCAUUGUAUUGAUCCAUAAUAAAAAAAAAAAUAAAAAAAAAAUAAAAAAAUUUAUCUAUUUAUUGUUAAAGAU